CAGAAGAAAUUUCUCUGCAGUUCAGAAGUGAUGUGUGAUGGGAUGAAAAAGAGGUGGGCAAAGUGAAGGAUGCAGACAAAAAAGUGAACAAAAAAGUUGGGCGACGUGCCACCCUCAAUGUUCUCAAACGCUUAUAAAUCAGUCCUUUUGGACCGUGACCAUGGAUAUUGGAGGAGAUGGUCAAGCUUCUUGUUGGCUGAGCUCCAGAUUCACAGCCAUAGAUUCUUCCUUGCAAAUAUAUAUAUAGGUGCUGUCAUAGUGUAUUUGAGAAAAUCAUUUCUGGGAUUCCAAAAGGAGAGCCCAAAGAUGUUGGAAGGAAAAGCUCGGAUUAAGGAAACUGACAUGCCAGAGAAGAUGCAGAUUCAAGCCAUGGCUUGUGCUUCUCAGGCCCUAGAUCUCCACGAUGUGAUUGAUUGCAUCUCAAUUGCUGCUCAUGUCAAGAGGGAGUUUGAUAAGAUGUAUGGGAGUGGAUGGCAAUGUGUGGUGGGUUCAAAUUUUGGCUGUUUCUUCACUCAUACACCCGGGACUUUCUUGUAUUUUGCUCUGGAGACCCUCAAUUUCCUUAUCUUCAAGGGAGCCUCUUCCUAAAAUUUAUACACAUGUAUGCAUGUAUGUUGAGAGAGAGAGUCCUCGGGGCAGCAAUAUUCAUAUUGGGGUACUGAGAAGCCUCAAUAUGUCUCUUUGUAGUUUUAUUAGAAUUAGUUUAGAACUUCCCUAUAAAAAAAAAAAAAAAAAAAAGGAAAAAAAAAAAAAGAACUAGUUUAGAACUGUCAUCUGUUAUCUGUUUAAUUGCCAUGUGUAAGUUGGUAGUAUUUAUUUCAAGUUUCGACUUUUUAAUCUGGCAUGUAUUAGAAUAUUACUUUUCUUUAGUCAAAGUUCAAAUCAUGAUGAUGAUGAUCAUCGUGGCCAUGUGCUGGAGGAAUGUAUUGUUGUUUUCUUCUGUGCUUGUCACUUUUAAUGGGCAGCUUUCUUGUAUACAACAAGACAAUUGCAUUGAGCCAAGCUAUACAAUAAGACACAACUAGUUUUGUCUUUA